GUCAAGUAGAGCAGCAACAACUAAGUUUCGGUGAAAAGACUACUUGCUAACCAAGUAUAAAAAUCAAAAACGUCUUAAGUAAUGCAGCAGUUGUCUAACAUCAAUUUUUAAAGGUCCCUGGCCCUUGGACAGCAGUACUCAUCUCUAGGUUCCCAGCCCAUCCUGUGUGGCUCUAUUCCCGGUCUUGUGCCCAAGCAGCUGCGUUUCUGCCGUAACUACAUAGAGAUCAUGCCUAGUGUUGCGGAAGGUGUCAAACUGGGCAUCCAGGAGUGCCAACAUCAGUUCAGGGGUCGCCGAUGGAACUGUACAACUAUCAAGGACAAUCUGGCAAUCUUUGGUCCUGUGCUGGAUAAAGCAACCAGAGAGUCAGCGUUCGUCCACGCUAUAGCUUCUGCAGGCGUAGCAUUUGCAGUGACUCGCUCCUGUGCUGAGGGCACAUCCACCAUGUGCGGCUGUGAUUCUCACCACAAAGGGCCUCCAGGAGAGGGCUGGAAGUGGGGCGGCUGCAGUGAAGAUGCAGAGUUCGGAGUGCUGGUGUCCAGGGAGUUCGCAGAUGCCAGGGAGAAUCGUCCAGACGCUCGCUCGGCAAUGAACCGACACAACAAUGAGGCUGGACGCACGACCAUUCUGGACCACAUGCAUCUGCGCUGUAAAUGCCACGGCCUGUCAGGAAGCUGCGAGGUGAAGACAUGCUGGUGGGCACAGCCAGACUUCCGCAUCCUCGGCGACUACCUGAAGGACAAGUACGACAGCGCCUCAGAGAUGGUAGUGGAGAAGCAUAGAGAGUCCCGAGGCUGGGUGGAGACCCUGCGAGUGAAAUACAACUUCUUCAAGCACCCCACCGAGCGAGACCUGGUCUACUACGAGGGCUCGCCGAACUUCUGUGAACCCAACCCCGAGACCGGCUCGUUCGGGACACGCGACCGAGUAUGCAACGUGUCGUCGCACGGCAUCGAGGGCUGCGACCUGCUGUGCUGCGGCCGCGGCCACAACACCCGGACUGAGAAACGCAAGGAGAAGUGUCACUGCAUCUUCCACUGGUGCUGCUACGUCAGCUGUCAGGAGUGCGUGCGCGUUUAUGACGUGCACACGUGUAAGUGA